AAUAAUGGCGGACGAAUUGUAGAGUGACGCAAGCUUAUCGUUUUACGGCAUGCUUUGUAUUAGAUUUUCUGUAGACACAAUUGUUUUAAGUCAAUUUGAAACAUCUAUAGUGAACACAUGACCAACUAGAAAAUUUUAAUAGUAAUUACAUAUAAUGGCGCGCGAGUUUGAUCAUCUUUUCAAACUGCUGAUUAUCGGUGACAGUGGUGUGGGUAAAAGCUGUCUUCUCCUGCGGUUCGCCGACAACACGUUUUCCGGUAGUUACAUUACGACUAUAGGUGUAGACUUCAAAAUAAGAACUCUAGAGAUAAAUGGUGAGCGAGUGAAGCUGCAGAUUUGGGAUACGGCUGGACAGGAAAGGUUCAGAACGAUAACGAGCACCUACUAUAGAGGCACCCACGGCGUCAUCGUCGUCUACGAUGUCACGAAUGGAGAGUCCUUUGCCAAUGUAAAGCGGUGGUUACAUGAGAUUGAACAGAACUGUGAUGUCGUGAAUAAAGUUCUAGUUGGAAACAAAAAUGACUGUCCGUCACGGAAAGUGGUAGUCACAGAGGAUGCCCAAAGGUUUGCCAACCAAAUGAACAUCCCACUGUUUGAAACCAGUGCAAAAGAAAAUAUCAAUGUGGAGGAGAUGUUCCUCACUAUCACAAAAAUGGUACUAAGAUCAAAAUUGGAGAUGAGGGAGAGACAAAAUGUAACAUCAAACGAUACAGUGAACCUAAAGAAAGCUCACAAAACCAAGAAAAAAUGUUGCUAGUGGUCGCACGUUACGGCACAGUGCCUCGGACGUUGCUUACACCAUGCUCAAAUAUCGAGAGAUAUGUUGCACAACCCUGCCAGGGCACUACAGCACUACAGAACAUUAAAAAGUUACUGGUUUCUCCGAAGGUGCAAACUGAAUAUUUUUAACAAUCACAUAACGGUCCCUAACAGUGUAAUAUUUUAGUAUGAAGUGCUAGUUACAUUUUUAUACAAAGGUUGAUCUCCAUUCAGUGUAUUAUAUAGAUUUGGCAAUGACUGUCAAUGGUUAUAACAAAUAUAUCACAUGUUUAGAUUAGCUGACAUUUUAAAUAUUUGUUUGUGCUGGGUUGAACAAUCUCGUACCAACGAGCGUGUACAUUUUGUGGAAUUAUUGAACCCAAAAAUUGCAUUAGGUUAUUACGGAUGCAUAGUUAAUGUGUAUGAUUGUAUUCUCAUCAAAAUUUGUGAUGAAGUUCUGUGUACGAUGGGAAGUAUAGGAUAUUAAUGUAUACCAUGAUGUUUGUAUUAUCAUAUGUUAUUAGCCACUGGGAAAAUGUAGGUUAAUGAAGCAAUAAUGUUAUGGUAUUUGAGGAAAUUCGUUAACUAAAAUAUUAAAUAUUAAUAUAUAUACCAGCCGCAUCAUUACACUAGCAGCACCCUUGUAUACAGGUCUAAAGGGUAAAGGCAUUGUAAAUUUUAAUUCGCAAAUGCAAAUAUUUUUCAAUUAUUAAAAAUACACACUUAAAUAUUUUAACACCAAACUAAACCACCAGUGUGCAGUUAUAUACCUAGUGAGAUGAUCAUAGUAUUUAUAAUUUUUUAAUUUAAUAUUGGAAAAGUCUUGUAUUGUGUAUGUACCUAUCCCAAAUUCUAAAUUUAUUUAUUGUAAGCCCACAGUGGGAUAUUUACAACGGAUUUCGAAAAUUAUAUGGCUGAUUGAGGUUGGUAAACUUAACAAAAAUAUUUUAUCUUGAAAAUGAUAUUAAAUUCUACAGAACGAUUACUAGAUAGGUAAAAUACUUUUCAUUCAAUAUUUAUGCCUUAUGUUGGACAUAUAAAGUUCGAAAUUGAAAUUAUUAAUAGUCAUCGUAUUAUUAUUACUUUAGCUUAUGAUUUCAUGAUUUGAUGAAAUAUACAUAUCUGUACUAUGUCUGCGUAGUCAUAGAUGUAGCGACACUUGCCUCUAUUUUUAGGAACAUUUUCAUCAUAAAAAUAUAAUUAAAUAUCGCUUUUUUUCCAUUCUAAACUAAUAUAAAUUUAAUAUGUACAUCACAUUUAAAUCUUAAACACUAAAUGAAAUCGUCUGGUAUAAUUUUAAUUGGUAACAUAACAUUUUUUAUGUUGAACUUGAGAACAUAUGAUUUUUUUAAAUAUUUAACUAAUUUAUUUUUUUUUUUUCUUAUUUGUACUUGGUCUUAUCGCUAACACUUUGAUUCAAGUCGCCUAAAGGCAUUUGACAUGUCUUUUUUUUUAACUUUACGACUACAACCGUCUAGUGCAAUUUGUCGAAGUUUGUAGAUUCGGUAUGUAUACAUUGCUGGUUUUUUGCGGUGAAUAAAAGAUCAUAAAAAAACUACGCAAUGUUAGUGCUUUCGCGUCGGCAUCUGUUUGUGUAGGCAGCAUUACAUGGGUCAGAUUACCAGGGACAAGGAGAUCAAAAUUAAAGUUUAUUUUUUUAUUUAUACUUUCCUAAAAUAGAUGGCAAGUCUAUUUUGAUAUAUUUCAAGUUUGAUGGCUAUCAUUCCGAACACGUUGUGUUUGUACUAUGUUUAAAAUUAUGCAUGAUUUUCUCAGUACUCAUGUUAUUUAUAAGAAAUAUGGUAAAUGCCAGCAUUUUAUUUGUUUUAAAAAUGUAAAUAGACGAUAUAUUUUGCCCAUAUUAA